AUGGGGAAUGGGAAUGAGACAGCAACCACUGGUUUCAUUCUCCUGGGCCUCUUCUCUGACUCCAAGAAUCCUGAAAUUCUCAUCUCCGUCAUCCUCCUGACUUGUGUGAUUUCUGUUGCUGGAAACACCACCCUGAUCCUCCUCAUCUGGCUGGACACUCACCUCCACACCCCCAUGUACGUGCUGCUCAGUCAACUCUCACUCAUGGAUUUGACUUUAACUUCCUCUACUGUCACCAAGAUGGUCACUGACUUCUUCUCAGGGAAGAGAAACAUUUCACAAAUUGGCUGUGGGACACAGAUGUUCUUCUACUUGACUGUAGGAAUAGCAGAAUGUGUUCUCCUGACCCUCAUGGCCUUUGACCGCUACGUGGCCAUCUGUAACCCACUGAGGUACUUGGCCCUCAUGAGCCCCAGGGUCUGUCUGAUAACGGUCCUCACGUCCUGGGCGGGGAGCUCUCUGACUUCCUUAUCCCACACUAUCUACAUAAUGCACGUCCCUACCUGUGGCCCCAGGGAGAUUCACCACUUCUUCUGUGAAGUGAUGGCUUUCCUAAAGCUCUCCUGUGAGGACACAUCGAUUUAUGAGAAAGUGGUAUUGGUUACAGGUGCAGUAUUGAUCCUCAUCCCAUUUGGCCUCAUCGUGGCUUCCUAUGCCCUCGUCUUCCUCACAGUCCUCCACAUCAACGCCCCCAGGGGGAGGAACAGAGCUCUAGCCACCUGCUCCUCCCACCUGACUGUGGUCAGUCUCUAUUUUGGUCCAGCCAUGAUUAUCUACAUGAGCCCAUGUUUCUCUCUCCCCACAGAACUAGACCAACAUCUCUUUGUAUUGGAAACCAUAAUUACUCCCCUGCUGAACCCCCUUAUCUACAGCCUCAGAAACGAGGAGGUACUGAGGGCUCUAAAGAAGGCCCUGGGGAAAUCACUUAUGUCAAAAUAG